AUGGGUCAACCAUUAUCGAAACAGGACUUUUCCUGGUCGUACACCGACGAGCCUCAUGCUACAAGACGAAAGGAGAUACUGGAGAAGUAUCCAGAAGUCAAACAGCACUUUGGAAUUGACCCAUCUUUCAAAUAUGUUGUUGUAGCUCAGGUUCUGUUGCAGAUAAUGCUGGCUUUUCUGCUACGAGGUAAGUUUUAUAAGGUUAUUUUGUAAGACUUUAUUAUAUAGAGUAAACAAUUGUUUUUUUUUUUAUAAAAGAGUAGUAGUAUUAUAUUAGGGGGUAGUUAUGUUUAAAUUAAUUAGGCUUUUAUUAAUUUUUUUCGGAUUUUUUAAAAUUUAUAUUUUUGAAUCACUUUUUAAUUUUCACGGACUACGUAGUAGUUAUUUUUAGAUGCCAGCUGGAUGCUAGUCUUUCUACAAGCAUAUUUUGUUAGUGGUACCAUUAACCAUUCCUUGACAUUGGCCGUUCAUGAGAUAUCACAUAACCAAGGAUUUGGACAUAAACAUCCUUUUAAGGUAAGAUUAAUGUAAAGUUUUUAAUUAGUAAUUCACCUGUGCCGAUUUUUUGCGAAAAUUUUUUUCCAAAAAUCCACAGGGGGGACCACGUUUAAAUUUUUUUUCGAAAAUUUUUUUUCGGGGGGGUACCCCCCUUCUUCCCCUCGCGCUCGGCCCUGCAUAUUGGAUCUUGCUGUUUCAGAACCGAGCACUGGGUAUGAUUGCCAACCUGCCAAUGGGUGUGCCUAUGUCAAUUUCUUUCAAGAAAUAUCAUUUAGAACAUCAUCGGCAUCUGGGCGAGGAUGUGAUUGAUACUGAUGUCCCUACAGAGUUCGAGACCAUCUUCUUCAACUCGAUUGGUGGAAAGGUUGUCUGGUUAUUCCUCCAGCCUUUGUUCUAUGCCUUCAGGCCAUUUGCAGUCUACCAAAAGGCUGUAACUGAUGCUGAACUAGUUAAUGGUGCUCUUCAGAUUGCUUUUGAUGGUGCUAUCUUGUACUUCUUUGGAAUCAAGUCUUUUGUUUAUCUGUUCGUUGGCUUCAUUUUGGGUCUGGGCAUUCAUCCAUUGGCUGGACAUUUCAUUAGUGACCACUAUGUGUUCAAAGAGGGACAAGAAACUUACAGGUAAGCUUUUAAGAAGCAUUAGUAGCACUUAUUUAUCAAGAAAGACAAGAUAUAGGAAAGUAGUCUGGAAGUUUCUGAAAACGUGGUUUUUUAUCUAUAUCUUGGCAUUUAUGAUGCUCUAUACACUCUAUAUACGUCUUACCCUUAAUGUUUUAGUUAUUACGGCCCAGUGAAUGCUGUCACUUACAAUGUGGGUCAUCACGUGGAGCACCAUGACUUCCCCUUCGUCUGUGGUCGGAAUCUGAGUGAGAUUCGCAAGAUUGCUCCAGAAUUCUACGAUAAUCUGGAGAUUCACACGUCAUGGAUUCGGAUCUUCUACGACUUUGUAGUAGACCCUGAGAUGAGUCUUCGCUCCAGAAUCAAGAGGAAGAUGGCGCCGAUCAGUGAGCGACACUUCUACGGUGUCGGAAGCUACAGCUCUUCCAAAGUGUACGAAGCCACGGAGCGACUGGUGUCAUCAUUGUUCCAAAAGAACAAAGUACAGUAA